UGUGAAUUGUGAGUUGAAUAGUUGAAAGCCCGCGUGAAGUUUAUUUACCAAAUUGCCACCCACAUCUCUCAAACUCUCCAUUCUCUCUGCUGCUUAUUUCUCUUUGCUUUCUUGAUGGAAGGAGCAACUGACAGUGGCGAUGACGGUGAUCAUCAACGCCAAGUUUCCGACGAUGACGACGAAGAAACAGAAAUCGAAGAAACUGCAUAUGAUUUCCACGAUUUUAACAUUCAUCAGGCAGUGAUUAAGGACAAUGUGCGCAAUGAAGCUUAUAGGGCCGCUAUCUUGCAUCAUCAGGAUAACUACAUUAAAGACAAAGUUGUGGUUGAUGUUGGUUCAGGAACAGGGAUUCUUUCUAUAUUUUGUGCUCAGGCUGGUGCAAAACGAGUUUAUGCUGUGGAAGACACUGAAAUAGCUUUGCAGGCACAAAAAGUCAUGGAGGCCAAUAAUCUAUCUGAAAGGGUCAUCGUUUUACAUGGAUAUGUGGAGGAUGUUGGGAUUAAUGAAAAGGUCGAUGUUAUAGUUUCAGACUGGAUGGAUCAGUUACUUCUCUAUAACUAUGAGAACAUGUUGGGGAGCGUCCUUACAGCCAGAGAUCGCUUGCUAAAACCUGGUGGUCUUAUUAUGCCUUCAAAUGCGACGCUGUAUAUAGCUCCUGUCACUCUUCCUGACAGAUACAGUUCAAAAAUUGAUUUCUGGCGCAAUGUCUAUGGAAUCGACAUGUCUGCCAUGGUACCUUGGGCAAUACAAGAUGCAUAUGAAGACCCGUGUGUGGAGAAGAUUAAGAGUGAAAAUCUUUUAGCAUUGCCUCAAGUGGUGAAGCGUGUGGACUGUUAUACAAUUAAUAUACAGGAGAUAGAAUCAUUUAAAUCAAGAUUCGAGUUUCAGUGUCUGACCCGAGCAACCUUUCAUGGAUUUGCUUUCUGGUUCGAUGUCGAAUUUAGUGGCCCUGUGACAUCUCCUGCUGAUAGCAAUGCACCACCCUUGCAGUCUUCAAGCAAUCAUCUUACUACGAGUGGUCAAAAGAGAAAGCGUGACGAUCCCAUUGAAGCUAUUGUACUGUCAACAGCACCUGACAAGCCACCAACACACUGGGAACAAAUGGUGGUCUACUUGAACAAUCCAAUAGAUGUUGAACAAGGUCACCGGAUUGAAGGUUCUGUGACAUUGACACCUAAUCAAGAAGAAGAUGGUCCCAACGUGCACAUCCGCCUUGAAUACAAGUCAGGUCACCGUUCCUUUGUGAGAGAAGCAGUAAUGCGCUGAUAUGAUUCUUGCUCUUCGCAAAUUCAUUCUCGCCUUUUAAGUAACAAAAAAAAUCCAUAUGUUAAGUUCCUAGUUUCUGUUGUGAAGUAUGCUGAUAUAAAUACUUAUUUGUCUGGUAGAAGCAUGUAGACUUUAGAACAACAUUGAAGCAAGCAGUAGUAUUCAAACUAAUACUAUCCAUAUUCUGUUGUUUGUAUCA